GAAGACUCUUCAGGUCUUGGUGAGGACCUUGUUGGGCAGCGCAGCCAAUGAGGGCCAGACCAAAACAGAUUAUCGCGUGUGCCCCGCCAUCAUCGGCCAUCCACAAAAUGAAAUUUCUCCUCACGUUUGAGAUCAACCCGGGCAACAAUGUCUGGGUCAGAAAAAGACGACAAGCAGAUUCGCCUGGUGCAGGUGCUUCCUGUCGACUCGGAUCUGCAGGAUGCUGAGCUGUCUUACGAGUUUACGAAGGAUGAGCACACCCUGCGCUUCUGGGAGGCCGCCCGCCGCCACUGGCCGGCACUGGCUUGGGGGAUGUUUAUGAAUUUGGCAACUGUCCUCAAAGGCAUCGAUGGCGGCGUGGUCAAAGGCCUGGUUGGACUGCCCAUCUUCAAGCAGACGUACGGCUACAACCGCAACGGCGAGUACAUCCUGGCCGCGCAGUGGAUCUCUGCAUUCAACUACGCCAACCUGCUCGGUGCCAUCAUCGGUGCUCUACUGUCAGCCGUCGCAUACGACCGCAUCGGCCCGCGGAUCAUGAUCGCCGUCUGCUCAGUCAUGUCCAUCGGCUUCAUCUUCAUCCAGUUCUACAGCCAUUCGCCGGCACAGCUGUUCGUCGGCCAGCUGGUCAACGGGUGUAUCAUCGCCUUCUACCCGAUCUGCGCGUCCGCAUACGUCGGUGAAGUCACGCCACUCGUCCUCCGCGGCUUCGCAGCAACAAUGACCAACCUCGCCUUCUCCAUCGGCUCCCUGAUCGCCUCGGGAAUCCUCAAGGGCACCGAGCCACUACAGACAACAAUGUCGUACAAAAUCCCCAUCGCAACCCAAUGGGCCCUCCCCUGCCUCAUGCUCCUGCUCGUCUACUUCGUCCCCGACCCACCCUACUGGCUCUGCCGAAAGGGCCGCCACACCGACGCCCUGCGCUCGCUCCAGCGCCUCGCGACACCAACCGUCGACGUCUCCCACAAACUCGCUCACAUCCGCGAAACCCUCAAGCUCGAGGAAUCCUUCCAGGGUGACCGGCCGCACUACCUCGAGUGCUUCCGCGGCCCGAACGCACGGCGUCUGCUAAUCUGCGUCAUGGCGUACUCCAUGCAAGCGUUUACGGGAAACGUCUUUUUCAUCAGCUACGCGGUGCAUUUUAUGGAACUCGCUGGAUUGGAUGCGAGCGAUGCCUUUUCGAUGAAUCUGGGUCUGACGGCGAUUGGGUUCCUGGGGACGUGCAUCUCGUGGUUCUUACUUUCAUAUAUUGGGAGACGCACAAUGUAUCUCUUCGGGUGCUGCGCGCUGUCGGUCAUCCUCUUCGCCGUCGGCGCCGUCGACCUUGCACCCCGCGAUACAGGCACCGCGGCAACAUGGGCGCAGUGCGCGCUUAUGCUCAGCUGCACAUUCGUCUACGACCUCUCCCUCGGGCCCUUUUGCUACGUGCUCCUCGCCGAAGUCAGUUCCGCGAGACUACGGGGCUUCACCAUCGCCCUCGCGACGGUGAGCUGCUACGUGUGGUCCGUCGUCUUCGCGGUCGUGAUCCCCUACGCGAUGAACGAGGAUGAGGGGAACUGGCGCGGGAAAAUGGGGUUCCUGUUUGCGGGCACGGCGGCGCUGUGUGCGGUUUACUGUUUCUUUUGUCUUCCCGAGACGAGGGGGCGGACGUUUGAGGAGCUUGAUGUGCUGUUCGAGAGGAGGGUUCCGUCUAGGCACUUUAAGCAGUGUCGGGUUGAUAUUGUUGAUGCGGCGCAGGGGGAGGCACGAUUGGAGGGGCAGGGGCGGGCGGCCGAGACUGGAAACGUGGAUCGGAAGAGAGAGGCAGACGCCGGGGUUUGAUUUUGAUAUGCACUGGAUGCAUGUCGAUAGGGAAGGGGUGUAGAUAGCUAACAGGGGAAGAUUCGAUCCGCGAGGUGAAACAAACACUGCACUGUAUAUACUCGUGCCAGCGCGAUUGUAUCACCCUGUCCGACGAUGAACAGACACGACGACGGUUGAAGUAACCUUGCCUUGGGUACCCCCGCCCCUUUCCUCGCCCCUUCUACUCCUCCCAUGUCUUCCUGGCCUGCCUAGUCGCAUAGAGCAAACCUUUGAAUCUGCUAGCUUUACCUUUCCGCACUACGAAAUGACAACACCGCCCAUCCUCCUCCCAACCCCCUCUCCCUCCUCGUCGUCUUCCCACCCCACCUCCACAACAUCUUCCAAACCCUUCCACGUCCUGAUCAUCGGCGGCUCAAUCACAGGCCUCACCCUCGCGCACUGCCUAACCGCCGCCGGAAUCUCGUAUACGAUCCUCGAGAAACACCGCAACCUUUUGGCCCCCCUGGGGGGCGUGAUCGGGGUCGCACCGACUGGUGCUAGAAUACUCGACCAGCUCGGCCUCUUUGAGAAUCUGAAUGCAAUCGCGCAGGGGAUUCGCAUUCUUUGCACGGGGUUUCCGGAUGGGAGCGGGAUUAGUCAGGCGUGGGUUCGGGAGUUUGAAGGGAGGUAUGUUUUGUCCUUCUCGGUUGGCUGUUGGGUGGAGAGCGAGAAUAUUCUGUUGCUGACUGUUACAU